CAUAGCUACUAUAUAUGAGCGCUAGUGAGCCACCAAUUGCAGACCGAUGAGAUUAAUUAUUGGAUAUUUCCAACGGUCGCAUGGUUUCUACCUCGAAAGGCCGCGGAUCUCCACCUGCUCUGCGUUCAUUUAGUAUGUGAAUUGACUCAAGGCUGAGGACUAACCAAAGUCAGGGGCGCUGCAAUUGUCUUGACUUGACGACCGUCAUUGCAAUCUUGUAUUCGUCCUGAUCGAGAAGUAACACACCCAGUAGUGCCAGCGCAUCAAGCAUGUAUCCUUCAAAAGCAGACGAGAGACAGGUGAAAAAGUCCGUAAUUUAGUAUAUCCGCCCUCGAAUUUCAAUCUCUCGCCUUGUGCACAUAAUGGUCUUCUUACCUCCAACUACCUCUACCACUUCAGCAGUUGACGUCGGUCUCAAACGUAGCCAUGUCGACUAUUAUCGCCACCUAUCGUCGGAAGCCCGUUCCAGGCUCCCUAAUCCAAUCAAGUCCAUCUGGAAAGCUGCUCAAGUCAAAACUGGUACCAUCAAUAUGGGAAAUGGUGAUCCUCACCAUACGCUGUAUCCCAUAUGCGAGAUGAAUUUUGUCGUUCCUUCCAUAGAAGAGCAUGAUCCCGUGCAAUCAUGGAGGUCUGGCACUGGCGAGCAAAAUAUUAUUGCUUCAUAUAAGGACGACCCCUGCACUCUGAGCCUCCGCACUGCCUUUGCGUAUGGUGCUGGUGCUGGUCUCAAGGAGGUCCGCGAUGCCCUUGCAGACCUCAACGACAGGAUCCACUCUCCCCCCAAUCACACCGUCUCGCUCAGCCUCGGCAAUGCAGAUGCCCUGACAAAGUGUUUCCGUCUUCUCGGUGAUCCGGGCGACUCUUUCCUUUGCGAAGAAUUUACCUUUUCUGCUAUGACCAACGCUGCUCUGCCUCUAGGCAUUAAAUGGGUCCCAAUCCGGAUGGAUAACAAUGGUCUUGUUCCUUCAGAUUUAGAACGAAUUUUAUCCAACUGGGACGAAGCAACGCAAGGUAAACGACCCCAUGUGCUUUAUACAAUCCCGUGCUCGCAGAACCCAACAGGGAGCACUCUUUCAUUGGAAAGAAGGCAGCAGAUUUAUCAAAUCGCACACGAUUGGGAUAUCAUCAUCCUUGAGGAUGAUCCGUACUUUUUCCUCCAAGUACGAUGCAACAGUAUGGGUACAACCCGUGCCAUAGCAGAAGUUCUCCCUCGGUCAUUCCUAUCUAUGGAUUAUGACGGACGCGUAAUGCGCCUAGAUAGUUUCAGCAAAAUCGUUGCCCCUGGAAUGCGACUCGGCUGGGUCACGAGCAACAGCUUCUUCGCAGAGAAGCUUGACAUGCUGACGGACUCGUCUUCGCAGCAUCCACACGGCAUGGGUCAAGCUUUCAUUUCCGAGUUGCUUGGCAGUAGUGGCUGGGGCGUCGAUGGUUUCAUGAAGUGGAUUUUAUCGUUGUGCAAUGAGUACCAACGUCGGAGGGAUCUCUUCAUGGAUGUCUUCCGGCAGAAGGUUGCCAUUUCUGGCUUCGCUACUGCGGAGGGUACCACAAUCUGGGAUACCCCGACGGUGCCAGGCGGUCCGACGACGAACACCGCGGACCUUAUGGACGAGCUGUUCCGGAAGCUGCUAAAUAGCGGCUUGGUCAUGAUGCCAGCAUCGACAUUUGCCAUUGUUGACCGCACGGGGACAACGGGAAGCCAUAUUAAUGAUCGAGUGAACUUCUUUAGGGCAACAUUUGUUGGUACAGAUGUAACGAUUCGUGAUGGCCUUACGAUAUUUGGCCGCACACUAGAGGAAUUUUUCUUCUAGGAAUUAUACCCAAACUUUCUGUCGACGCCAAGCCCCCCUUCUUCCGUUCCAGGUUGCAUGUAUACAGUACUUGUACUUGAAGAUGCAGACUCUAGUAUACUACUCACCGUUCACAUUCAUUUUAAUCUACCAUGUUAUGUUAUAUGUUGUGUGUAUCGCAUUAAUUUAAUUGGAAAUAUGUAUUGCAUAUCAUUCACUGUACUACAGUCUACACCCUAUUCACGCCUAUGAUUUAUGUAACUUCUUUGGAAUUUCGACGCAUGAUUAACA